GAGGGGGAAGGCGUCAUGGCGGCGGCGGCGCGGCGGGCGCGGCGGCCGCUGCUGCUGCUGCUGCCGCCGGUGCUGCUGCUGUGGUGUCCGGCGCCGCCGGGCGUCGCGGCGGGGGGCGCGGAGCCGGGCGCCGAGGCCGGGGAGCGCUUCAAGAUCGAGGGCCGGGCGGUGGUGUCGGGGGUGAAGCCGCAGGACUGGAUCGCGGCGGCGCGCGUGCUGGUGGACGGCGAGGACCACGUGGGCUUCCUCAAGACAGACGGGAGCUUCGUGGUGCACGACAUCCCCUCCGGCUCCUACGUCGUGGAGGUCGUAUCGCCGGCUCACAGGUUUGAGCCUGUGCGCGUCGACAUCACUUCCAAGGGGAAGAUGAGGGCCCGCUACGUGAAUUACAUCAAGACGUCGGAAGUGGUGCGGCUCCCCUACCCGCUGCAGAUGAAGUCGUCCGGCCCGCCCUCCUACUUCCUCAAACGGGAGUCCUGGGGCUGGACCGACUUCCUGAUGAACCCCAUGGUGUUGAUGAUGGUCCUGCCGCUGCUCAUCUUUGUGCUUCUGCCCAAAGUCGUCAACACCAGCGACCCCGACAUGAGGCGGGAGAUGGAGCAGUCGAUGAACAUGCUCAACUCCAACCACGAGCUGCCCGACGUCUCCGAGUUCAUGACGCGACUCUUCUCGUCCAAGUCCUCCGGCAAGACCGGGGGCGGCGGCGGCGGCAAAUCCGGCAAAAGCGGGGUCGGGAAGAGGAGGUAGAGGGAGGCCGGGGCCCCAUCCCUCCUCGGUGCUUCCGAGAGAGACCCAGGGGAGUGAGAGAGAGAGAGAGAGUGCGUGCGACGCGGCGGGGGGAGAGGAAGCGCGUGCACGCGAGCGAGCGCAGGACCGUCGUCCCCGUCCCCGCCCCCCCCCGGGCACCGUGCACGGCGUCCCUUUGUGCCGCGGAGGCCACUUCGUACGCGAGCCCCGCGCCUGCGUGAGGUCGGUACGGCGGCCGCCGCCUCGGAUCGCCCGCGGGGCCCCGCCGACUGCGACGUGUAACUAAAUUAUAGCAAGUGCUCUGUA